AUGGUAAAUUCUCAAGACAAAAGAAAGAGAGCAGAUUCACUACGAACUCAAUUAUUUAAUAAGAACCUAUUUGAAAAAUUUCAAGAGACUAAUAAUGAUUCAAUAGAGCUUUCAUCUGUCCAAGAAAAUGAAGAUCCAGCUGGGAUUCAGCUCAAUAUAAAUACCACAGAUAAUUAUAAAGUAAUGGAUGACUAUACAAAUUAUGAUAAAAAUGUUAUAGAAAAUAGAGCUGCUAUACACAAUAAUGAACGUGAUGAUGUUUUUAUAAUGAAUAAUGAAAUCGAAAUAAUUGAGAUAGACGAAGGAGAAUCAAACGAUAAAAGCGAUGAUGAUUUGGAUGAAAUAUAUGCAUACAUAGAAAAUAAUAUUUUUAUUGAUUAUUUAAAUUAUAUGCUGGAUCUGAUACUGAAUAGGAGCAGACAUGUACAUUCGAAGAACGGUAGGCACAUCCCAAUUUCUCUAAAUUACAAACAUAUACUUGAAUACCAAAAAUAUACUGAUCCAAAAAGACAACUGUUAAUUGAUGAAAGAUUCAACAAGCCAUAUUGCAGUAAUAUAAUAAGAUCUUCCAGAUAUUCAAUCUUUUCUUUUUUACCUAGGCAGUUAUAUUUUCAAUUCUCGAAACUUGCUAACGUCUACUUCUUUGUGAUUGCAAUUUUGCAAAUGAUUCCAGGUUGGUCUACAACUGGUAGAUAUACAACAAUUGUACCAUUAUGCGUAUUUAUGGCAAUAUCUAUGGCCAGAGAAGGUUGGGAUGACUAUAAAAGACACAGACUUGAUAAAGAAGAAAAUAAUCAUAUAGCAACUGUUCUUAGGACUGAUACUAUGGAAAAUAAUGACAAAGACACAUAUAUUCAAAAUACUCAAUAUAGUGCAAGUAUGGUGGAUAAUAGAGUUUUUGAUACUAGAUACUUACCGCAAGGAAUUAAUGAUCACAAAAAAUCAAAUAAUGCUGAAGAAGAUGAAAGUUUUACAAACUUAAAACUAUUAAAGGAAAAAUACGACGUGAAAGAACAUGAUAUUCCAUGGAAAGAUAUAAAAGUUGGAGAUUUUGUGCUAUUGAGACAAGAUGACUGGAUUCCAGCUGAUAUAUUAUUAUUAGCAUCUGAUAAUACGAAUAAUGAAUGUUUCGUUGAAACUAUGGCGUUGGAUGGUGAAACAAACUUGAAACUUAAGCAACCCCAUUCGAAAAUUAAUAAAACUUGUAGGUCAGUCAGUGGUCUAGUUAACAUAAAUGCCAAAGCAAUUUUGGAAGAUCCGAAUACAGAUUUGUACAAUUUUGAAGGUGCAGUAGACUUAUUUGAACCAGAUAAAAAAGUGUUCUCAAAAUACCCAAUUGGACCAAAUAAUGUAAUUUAUAGAGGAAGUAUUUUAAGAAAUACUAAAACUGUAGUUGGUAUGGUAAUGUUUACAGGAGAGGAAACUAAAAUUAGAAUGAAUGCAUUAAAAAAUCCGAGAACUAAAGCUCCAAAGCUACAAAGGAAGAUAAAUCUAAUUGUUUUGUUUAUGAUCGUAGUAGUAGCAUGUGUUUCCUUUUUUUCAUAUUAUGGGCAUGUAUUGGGAGACAGAAAAUCUAUAAAAGGCAAUGUGGCAUGGUAUUUGUUUGAAAAAAAUGCUGGAGUCGCACCUUCUAUAAUGGCAUUUAUUAUUAUGUAUAACACUAUGAUUCCACUGUCUCUGUAUGUUACCAUGGAAAUUAUCAAAGUCAUGCAAAGUAAGUUUAUGGAAUGGGACAUUGAUAUGUAUCAUCAGGAAACCGAUACCCCAUGUGAAUCAAAAGCCGCUACUAUAUUAGAAGAGCUGGGUCAGGUAUCUUACAUAUUUAGUGACAAAACAGGGACUCUUACGGAUAAUAAAAUGCUUUUUAGAAAGUUUAAUAUAUAUGGUUCCUCUUGGUUGCACAUAACAGAUAAUGAUAACAAUGUUGGUCAAAGUAACGAUGUAAAUGAGGUUAAUACUACUACAUCUAAUGCGGAAAUUGAUGUUGUAUCUGUCACAAAUAAAAGUCUUUUGAGGAAAUUUGAUUUCGAAAAUGAGAGAACUAUAAAUAUAAGAGAUGAAGAUGAAGAUGAUGAACCAUAUGCCAAUGCUAUGACUGGCCCUAGACCAUCGAUUGAAUAUAAAGGAAACUCAGCUGCAAUUUUUACAGGAAGACCUAGUAUGCGAUCCCUUUACCAAGCAAAAAAAAGUAUUGAUAUCAAAAAACAAAUUAGGUCUGGUUUGGAAAAUGAAAUGAAUUUCAAAAGAAUUACCCCCAAAAUCAGUGAAGCUUCGAGUAUCAUGGAACAUACACAAGAAAUGAAAACUUCUUUUGAUUUAAUUAAAUUUAUUCAGACCAAUCCCACUAACAAGUUUGCAGAAAAGGCCAAAUUUUUUAUUCUAUCCUUAGCUCUAUGCCAUAGCUGUUUGCCCAAAAAAAUUAAUAAAGAUGAUAUUUUUGACCACGAUGAAGUUGAUGCAAUAGAAUACCAAUCAUCGUCUCCUGACGAACUAGCGCUCAUUACAGCAGCUAGAGAAUUAGGUUAUGUUGUCAUAAAUAAGAAUUCAUCUAUUUUGACAAUUAAGAUGUAUCCGAAUGGGUUUGAAAAUGAUCCAAUACUUGAGGAAUUUGAGAUUUUGAAUUAUAUUGACUUUGAUUCUCAAAGAAAAAGAAUGUCUGUUUUGGUCCGUAUGCCAUCAGAUAAUGAUAGGGUACUAUUAAUAUGUAAAGGUGCUGAUAAUGUAAUCUUAGAGAGGUUAAGAAAUCGAAGGUUGGUUCAUCAAAAAAUUGAAGAAUCAGAUCUUAAUAUAAGAGAUAGGAAAGAUGCAGAAGCAGAAUUGAUUAUUGACCAAAGGAGGUCUCUAGAGAGACUUGUAGGAGAAGAUAACAUCAGCUCUAACAGAUUACGGAAUUCCAUGGCAUCCGAAGCAAGGGGUAGUUUAGGAUUAUAUGCUAUAAAGCACAGUCUAUCUUCGAAAAAUAGAUCAAGCAAUAGAUUUGAUACUGAAAUGCAAAUUGACUCAUUAGAUCAAAUUUUAGACGUUGUAAAUAGCCCUUCUAGAGAAAUUGAUGCAGUCGUUAGUAAGAGCAGAUUAUCUAUUCACCAGCAACAAAUUGAGAAAUACGGAUAUAGAGCUUCCUUAGAUUAUAAAUCAUCUUACAAUUCUUCGGGUAUUAUCGAUAAAGGUAGUAAACUAGGAGAGAAUGAAAUAUACGAAAAAUUAACGACAAGUAUAACUACUGAAAAAGACAUAAUGGACUAUGUUGGUGGAGAAGAGUUGCUCGAUGAUGAAGAAUACGUAUUGGAAAAAACGCUUCAAUCAUUGGAUGAUUUUUCCACUGAAGGUUUAAGAACCUUACUCUACAGUUAUAAGUGGAUACCUAAUAAUGAAUACAAUAGUUGGGCGAUUCGUUAUAAUGAAGCUAAAACAUCUUUAAUCGAUCGAGCUCUUAAAAUUGCAGCUGUUGGUGAAGAGAUAGAAGAUAAACUUGAAUUGUUAGGUGCAACAGCUAUUGAAGAUAAACUACAAGAAGGGGUUUCAGAAGCAAUAGAAAAAAUUCGUAGGGCAGGUAUAAAAAUGUGGAUGCUAACUGGUGAUAAAAGAGAAACAGCCAUUAAUAUUGGUUAUUCGUGUAAAUUAAUUUAUGAUUAUUCAACUGUAGUUAUUUUGACUAUUAAAGACGGUAAUAUUCUGUCAAAAUUAAAUGCCAUUUCGCAAGAAAUUGACUCUGGUAGUAUAGCGCAUUGUGUUUUAGUCAUUGACGGUGCUACUUUGGCAAUGUAUGAGAGCAAUCCAACUUUAAUGGCGGUUUUUAUUGAAUUAUGUACAAAGACUGAUUCAGUUAUCUGUUGUCGUGCUUCACCCUCGCAAAAAGCUCUUAUAGUGACUAAUAUUAGAAAUACCAAGAAAGAUCUAGUUACAUUAGCGAUCGGUGAUGGUGCAAAUGACAUAGCUAUGAUUCAAUCUGCUGACAUUGGUGUUGGUAUAGCUGGUAAAGAAGGGUUACAGGCAGCUCGAACAGCUGAUUUUUCAAUAGGACAGUUUAGAUUUUUACUGAAAUUACUACUUGUCCAUGGAAGGUACAAUUAUAUUCGAACCUGUAAGUUCAUUCUAUGUACAUUUUACAAAGAAUUGGCUUUCUAUCUCACUCAAGUGAUUUUUCAAAAAUAUACUCUCUUUUCAGGGACGUCAUUGUACGAGUCCUUUUCCUUGUCAAUGUUUAACACAUUAUUCACUUCGCUGCCUGUUCUUUGUAUUGGUAUGUUUGAAGAAGAUUUAAGACCAGCAACAUUAUUAACUGUACCAGAGUUGUAUGCAACUGGAAGGUUAUCAAAAGAAUUUAACUUUUUUAUUGUUAGCCAAUGGAUGAUUCAAGGUGGUAUUGAUGCUUUAUUAGUUGGCUUUUUGGGUAUCUAUAUAUACGGAUUUUCAGCACUUAAAGAUAAUACGCUUUACCCUUUAGGUAGCAUUAACUUCACCGCGAUUGUGAUUUUAGUCAAUGUUAAGGCUCAAUUUUUAGAGAUGAAUAAUCGCAAUUGGCUAACAUUCGCAUCUGUGAUCAUUUCAUGCGGAGGCUGGUUAAUAUGGCUAGUGGCUCUUCCUGUUUUAAAUAGUAAUGAUGUCAUAUACGAUGUUCCCAACGGAUUUAUUCAUAAUUUUGGUCGUGAUAUUACUUUCUGGUGCAGUGUAUUGGUACUAUCGUUGUUAACAAUCACAUUACACAUUGUAUAUAAAACUGUUAAAAUUUUGAUUAGUCCAUCUGAUGCAGAUACAUUUGCUAUAUUAGAACAAAGAUCAGAUAUACGGAAAACUUUAGAAUUCGGUGCUUAUAAUGAAAUGAAGCAAGGAUGGACCUGGAAAAAGGAUCCGAAUUCAUUCAAGAGGUACCAAGCCAAAGUUUUCGGUGAAAAGAAUAAAUCAAAUGAUAAAGUCGCUGGUUCCGCUUUGGGUAAUGAUGAUGAUCUCCACUCUAUCAAUUCAAUCAAUUCGAUAGACUUUGAACGCUCAUUUUUACCAGAUCAAUAUGAUCCAAACGAAUAUGAGAUUCUUCCAAGUGGUAAAAUUAUAAGACGUACUAGCGUUAAUGAGACAUUUGGCUCAAGGAAAGAAAAUAAAGUCAUGAAUUCAUCAGUCAUUAGACAAAAGCUUCUGAAGAAACUUAACUUUAAUAGAGAAAAACCUGAAGACAUACAAGCAAUUGUUGAACAAAGAUUACAAAGUCUUGAAUAA